AUGGCAGCGGCUUUAGAUACAAGCGAACUUCAGCAGCUGAGGCGGCGCUUCCAGCUGGAGGCCGAGUCCUUGCUGGAGGCCUCGACGCUUCGAGGCCUAGGGGCAGAGGCCGAAGAAUCUACAGUUGUUGAGAAAAAAGAAAAACCCAUUCCAAGACUUAAUAUCCAUUCUGCUUUUUGGAUUUUGGCAUCUAUUGUUGUGACAUAUUAUGUUGAAUUUUUUAAAACUGUGAAAGAAAACAUACAAACAAGUGGGUGGCUUCUGGUCGGUAUCAGCCUUUUGAUCACAAGUUUAGCUAUUGCAUUUUACUGCAUAUUGUAUCUGGAAUGGUAUUGUGGAAUUGGAGACUAUGAUAUCAAAUAUCCAGUACUGAUACCUCUUACAACUGCUUCUUUCAUUUUAUCAGGAAUUUGCUUCAACAUUGCCUUAUGGCCUGUGUGGACACUUUUCACUCCUUUGAUAUUAUUUACUCAGUUUAUGGGUGCGAUAAUGCUUGUGUCCCUCCUUGGCUAAUAUCUGAGGUUUUAGAUAUGUAAAUAUGAAAACAUCAAGCCAAUAAAACAGAACACGAAUGAAGAAUGGAGAAAGCCAUAAAGUAUUUCUGGCCUCUGAAAAGGAAGUUGUACUUGGAAAAGUGAGAUGAUAGACAGGUGAUUCUCUUUUUUUAGCACUGCCUUGGACUUAAGUGGUUAUGGAAUUGCACAGGUGGCUAUUGACAUUUAAAUGGUUUUUUUGAAAAUUGCACUCCGAAUUUGAAAUAUUAGGGAAAAGUGUCAUAAUUUAAAGCUUCUAACAGGGCUAUGGGUGAAAGAGGAAUAUAUAUUCCAGCUCUAGAAUGUAUUCUUAACAUUUUGUUUGAAUGAUUAAUUUAUUUCUGCCCCUUUUUCAGGGUAGCAAUAUAUUUUGUAUGUUGACUUCAUGUAUCUUUAAAAGAAUCACAUUGUUCUGUGCCUUUAAAACUCAUUCAAGUAAAUAUGGUACUUGGCUUUAUUGAUUUACUUUAUUUUUACAAUGUUUUUGUUAGAUGGGGGCUCUUGUUAAAAGCAAUAUUUUCCCUAUACUUCUUAAUAUUAAAUUAUCUUUUAUGUAAAUAGUUAUGCAAGGUUUUCUGUA